GGACAUACAAAGUAUUAAUAAAACAUCUUUGUUAUGAAAAUAUUGUUUUUUUUUGUUUUAUUUACUAUGCGUUUAUUCAAGUGACGCAAGAACAUUCGUAUCUUUUUCUAUAAAACAUGAAUAUUUUUAUACCAAAUAAGUAAUUGUCCAAAACAAAUGUGUAUAAUAAUUAUUAAAUAGGAUCUAUUAUUGUAGAAAAAUAGAAUAUAUUAAUUGAGGUUGAGUUUAGAGUAAUAUUGGAAAAAUAUUAUUGCGUUUAAUCAACUCGCGGACUAUAGUUCUUCAAUAUUGGAUAAAAUGGAACAAUUGCAUCAAUCAAAUAACUCUUUGUUGAUUGAUAAUAUGGAUAAAAAUAUUACAGAAUUAAAUAAAUCUGAUUCCUGUAAUGAUAAAGUGGAAUAUACAAAUCAACAUUUAUUAAAAUCAAAAAUUUCAUUAGAUAAAAAGAAUGGAAAUCAACGGAAAACAAUAAAUUUGCAACAAGUUGAGGAAUUGUAUGGUGACAGUGAAAUAGAUAAUAAAAUUGAUGGAGAAGAUACAAAACUAUCUAGUAGCAGUGAUAAUAGUAAUGAUACAAUGUUAUCUAUCAAUAAUUGUAAAUUAACAGAAUUUGAUUCAAAAUGUAAUAAUAACACAAAUGAUAUCGAUAAAAAAAUUGAGUUUAGAAGUAGAAGUGGUAGUACUGAUACAACAGGUUCAGAAAGUGGAUCAAAUAAUUCUGGUGUAAGGAGAAGUAGUAGAAUUAGAUCAAUUGGUUUAAUGAAACAAAGAUCCCGUGGACGGGGUUUAGUUACCAAACCUAAUACAGAUAUUUCAAAAAUAAAUGUCCAGCAAGAAAAAAUAGUCAAUAAUAUUGUUUCAAUUGCUCAAGAAAUGAAAAUAGACAACCCAUCUGAAUUACAAUCAGACAAAGAAGCAAACAUCAAUAAGACAACAAAUACAUUUGAAUCUCUCUCAUUAUUAACAACAACUUGUAAUGCUACAGGCUAUGAUUCAGAUUCCUGUAAACCUGUUAAAGUAAAGUCUCGUUGGCGAAGAUCUAGUGAACUUGAAAUGGGAGGAUCAAAUACAGGAGCUGCAUCUACAUCAACAGUAGGAUCUAUAUUUGGAACCAUAACUGCAAAUAUAUCUGAAUUUGGAUCAUGUUCAACACUUAAAUCCUCAACUGGAGUUUUAGCAGAUAUUAAUUCUUCAGAAUCUACAUCUGGAGUUGCAUCAAUUGCAAAUUUUCAAUCUAAUGUAGAUAUAGAACAAACAAAGGAGAUACCAGUAUCAACUAAUAAUAAUAAUAUUGUGCAAAUUCCAAAAAUAGUUGGUGCGAGAAUUUCAUUACCUAUGGUUUCUGAGAUAGAAGACAGAGAAAUGGAAGAAAGGCUAAGUCAAUUUGAAAAUUUACGUGAAAAUUUAUAUUUGACAGAAAGAUAUACAAAUAAGGAAACAAAAAGAAUGGUAUGCGAUUGUUUUUUAACAGAGGAAGAAAUUGAAAGAGGAGAAUUAGGUUGUGGUGAAGAUUGUUUAAAUAGACUUCUUAUGAUAGAAUGUGGACCUCGAUGUGUAGUAGGUGAUCGUUGCACAAAUAAAAGAUUUCAAAAUUGUGAAUAUGCAAAAUGUGAAGUAUUUAGAACAGAAAAAAAAGGAUUUGGUCUGCGAGCUAUGGUCGAUCUUUUAGCAGGAGAAUUUAUAAUGGAAUAUGUAGGUGAAGUAGUUGAUCCUAAAGAUUUUCGACGUAGAGCAAAAGAAUAUUCAAAAGAUAAAAAUAAACAUUAUUAUUUUAUGGCAUUAAAAUCUGACCAAAUUAUUGAUGCCACUAUGAAAGGAAAUGUUUCUCGAUUUAUAAAUCAUAGUUGUGAUCCUAAUUCUGAAACACAAAAAUGGACAGUGAAUGGUGAAUUGAGAAUUGGCUUUUUUAACAAAAAAUUUAUAGCUGCUGGUGAAGAAAUUACAUUUGAUUAUCAUUUUCAACGUUAUGGUAAAGAAGCACAGAAAUGUUUUUGUGAAGCACCCAAUUGUCGUGGUUGGAUUGGUGAAACGCCCGAGGAAGAAAAAGAAAAAAUUGAAAAGAAAGAAAAACGCGAGAAAGAUAUGAAAAAGAAAAAAGGUGAAAAGAAACAAGCUGAUUAUAUGGAAGAUGAAGAUUUGGAGGAAGAAAUAGAUAAAUUAUGUUCGGGUGGUUUAAAAAAUAGAGCUCACACAUUAACAUUAAGUAGAUUAAUGGUACGUAGCAGAGAAUUAGAACACAGAACACGUCUUUUACGUUUGAUACAAAGUGGUGAACAGCCAUGUCGAAGAUUAUUUUUGGAUUAUCAUGGUUUACGUUUGAUUUGGAGUUAUGUUAUGGAUAUUUCUACAAAUGAUACUGACGAAGCACAACAAUUUCGAUUAGAAGUUUUGAAAACUUUAAAUACACUUCCAAUUCCUAAUAAAACAAUGUUAAUGGAUAGUAAAAUUUAUAACGUAGUAGAAAAAUGGUCUAGACGAUUAUAUUUUUCUCUAAAUGGAGAUUCUCCAGAUGAUGAUCAAGGAAAAUUAAAAUCAAAUAGUGAUGAAUUACAAAUUAAUUAUGAUAAUAAUGAAAAAAGAAAUUCCUAUCAAUUAAUUGAUACAGAUAAACAAGAAAAUAAUAUUGAAAUUACCGAAAUAAAAUCUGAUAAUACAGAUCAAAAUCUCAUUCCCGAAUUAGCUUCGAGUCUUUUAGUCGAAUGGUCAAAUUUAAAAGAAGUUUUUCGUAUACCAAAAAAAGAAAGAAUUGAACAAAUGAAAGAACAUGAAAGAGAAGCAGAUCGUGGAUACCGAGAAGAAUUAGAAAAAGAAGAAAAAAGAGGAACAUCAUAUGAUAGACAUAGAUCUGAUAGAUAUGGAAGAAACGAACCUGAGAAACGUGGGGAUAGAAGACGUGGGCGAGAAUCUCCAGAAUCCGAGCAUAUUCGAACAAAAGAUAAAAGAAUAGAGGAAAGAAGUAGUUUAGUUCCAAUUCCACGAAUGACAAAAUAUGAGCGUAGACAAUUAUUUGCUUUAAAAGUAGCUAAAGAAGAAGAAGAACGACAACGUCGUCAACAACAAGAAUCAUGGCAAGAUCAUGAAACUAGAUGUUUGGCAUUAGGCAUAGAUCCUCACACUACAGCUAUGGUAGAUCCACAAACAGGAUAUCCUGUUUUUUAUAAUCCAUCAAUUGGACAAUGGCAACAAUAUCCUACACAAGAUGGAGAAAUAAAUCAGCAAUGUACUCCAGUAUAUGUAGGUGGACCACAAACAAUAUCUGGUCAUACUCAAUCUGGAAUAGUACCACAAAGUUCACAUGUUUUACAAUCAUCAAUUUCUUCUGAAAUAUCAUCUGGAAUGUCGAACAAUAUACCUUCAGGAGUUCCUCCAGUAGUGUAUACAUUAAGUCAAACGCCUGUAUUUAAUCAAACCACAACAGUUUAUUCUUUACUGCCUCAUUGUCAUCAACAAUAUUCUGAAAGCCAAUUGUCACUUUCAAAUAAUUUAGUUCCUAGUGGCACAACAGUUACACUUCAAACAGAAUCUCUUUACGAACAUAUGGAAAAGCAAUCAGAUCAACAGUUUCCUACAACGUUCAAACAGCCACAAUCUGAAAUACCUCCUAUAGAUUUACCACCUAAAUGGAAAAGUGCAACUGAUACUAGAGGCAGAACAUAUUAUUAUCAUGUAAAAGAACGAAUAUCGCAAUGGUUACCUCCUCCUCCAGAUCAUAUUGGAGUUCAACCAGAUUCAUCAUCAACUUCAGAAUCUAGUGAAGAAUCAACUUCAUCAAACGAAGAUGAUGAAGAAAUUGAAGAAGAUAAUAAUGAAGAUUCCAAAAAUGAGGAAUUAAAUUUGAAUAAUACUUUAAUAGAAAAAUCUUUAAAUGGUUCUAAGCAUAAUGCAACUAAAAAAAGUCCUAUUCAUAGUGCAAUUGGAAGUUCAGGACUUUUCUCAGAAGGCAAAAAAAGAAGAGAAGGUUUAGUUCAAGAAAGAAUUAUUAGUCCACGCCGAGAAGAAGAUCGUAUGGAUCAUAAAACACAUAAAGGAAUAAAGGAAAAAUUACGUCGUCAAAAAGAGAGAGCCAAAUUCAAAGAACAAGUUGAAAAAAUACGAAGACAUCGACGUAGUAACAAAUCUAAAUCUCAUUCACGGCAUAAUUUAAAUAAAAUACAAUUACCUACAUCCGAUUUAUCUACAAUGUCAGAGAGAAAAAUUAAAGAUACUUUUAGGAUAAAUAUGGCAAAUGUCAUGGUACAUUUUUUGAAUCCAUAUAGAAAAAAUGAUUGUAAACAAGGUAGAAUAACAAAUACAGAAGACUUUAAACAUUUAGCUAGAAAGCUUACACAUUUUGUACUUGCAAAAGAAUUAAAACAUUGUAAAAGUGUUGAUGAAUUACAAUGUAAUGAAAAUGUUAAACAUAAAGCUAAAGAUUUUGUACGUAAGUAUAUGAGUAAAUUUGGCGCAGUUUAUCAGAAAAGUACUGAUGAAGAUUAAUUCUGUAACUUAUGACAUGAAAUAGUUAUUUAUUAUAUGAAUUCUUCAUUUUGAAUAUUGUAAUAUAUCUACUAAAAAUAUAUCUAAGUAAUGCCUAUAUGUAGAUAUAUCUGUAAUUAUUAUUAUUGUAAUAUAGAUCAAUUUGUACAUGCUUCAUAAACAUUCUAGUAAUUUAGCCAUUAAGAAUUUAGUA